UGGUUCCAAUCCAGCUGGACGGCGACUGCCGCGAGCGCGAUCUCCUCUCCGGAUGGAUGAGGCACGCCGCAUUUUCGAUGCCAUGGAUCGGCGCACCGCGGCGUCGUGGAACUGCGUCAUCGGCGGCUACGCACGGUGCGGCCAGCCGGAUCUCGCGCUUCUGUUCUUUGGGCGGCUGCAUGCCGAGGGGUUGGAUCCAAACGGCCGGAGCUUCGUCGCGGCUCUCCACGCGUGUUCUUCGCUGGCCGCUACAGAAAAGGGGGUGAGAGAUUUACAGGGGAGGAUCAUCAAGCUCAGGAGCCUCAAGAGAGGAUUGGCUCUUCAUUCCCAGCUCCAGAGUGGUGGAUUCUUGGUGGACAGGUUCGUGGCCAGCGCCCUGGUGGAUUUCUAUGGAAAGUGUGGCAGCGUGAGAGAAGCUCUAGAGAUUUUCCAGGCUGCCAAGUUGGGAACAAAGGACGUGGUUUUGUGGAGUGCCAUGAUCAGCGCUUGCUCGCAAGGAGGGGAAGACGAGCUAGCCUUGGAGCUCUUUGAGCUUAUGCUUUUGGAAGAUGGAGUGGAGGCGAAUGCUCGGACUCUGGUGGCCGUGCUCGACGCUUGCACGAAUCUGGGAUGGCUGGACAGGGGCGGAGAGAUUUACUCGAAGUUUGCAAGAACAGGGACAGGGAUUUCGUCCAGCGUUUUCGUCUCCAACAGUCUGAUGGAUAUGUAUGCGAAGUGGGGGAGAUUGCUGGAUUGCCAGCGAGUUUUCGAUGGGAUGUUAGAGCGGGAUUCGGUCUCCUGGAAUGUUUUGAUCAUGGGAUAUGCAAAAGGUGGCGAGGCCGAGCGAGCUCUCGAGUUAUUCACGGCCAUGCAAGCGUUAGACGUGGUCGUCAGCUCCAGAACUUUGGUGGCCGUUCUCCAGGCAUGCUUGGAUAUGGCUGAGAAGGAAGAGGCUCGGCUUGUGGAUGGAAGGCCCUUGAAAGUGGCGUCGCUGGAGAAGGCAUUGGCUUUUCAUUCCCGGUUUCUCGACGGGCUGGAAGAUGUUUACGCUGCAAACAACUUGAUCAGUCUCUACGCUUGGUGUGGAAGUUUGGAUGAUGCGGCUCGGGUUUUUGACAAAAUGGUGAUCAAAGACUUGGUUUCGUGGAACAUCAUGAUCGAAGCCUACACCGAGAGUGGAAACCAUGAGCUGGCCCUGCAGGAGUUUUCGAAAAUGGAACUCCAAGGACUGAAACCGGACUCGCAGACUUUUGCAUCGGUACUUAAGGCCUGUGGUGGUCUUGGAGCACUACAGGCUGGACAGGCAAUCCAUCGUCUGAUCGAAGAAGCUGGGGCCGAGAGCUCUCCGGCGGUGGCAAACUCGCUCAUAAGUUUCUACGGCAAGUGUGGUGACAUGGUGGAAUCUCGGCGAGUGUUUGAUGGGUUUCCAGACAAGGACGCAGUGUCUUGGAGUGCACUGAUCGCGGGAUACAGCCGUCAAGGGGACAGUGACGCGGUGUUUGAUCUGUUCGAGAGAAUGCAAGAGUUCGCCAAGCCCGACGCUGUGACAUUCUCUUCAGUUCUAUCGGUCUGCUGCCACGCUGGUUUGGUCGACAAGGGGAUGGAAUACUUUCACGCGAUGUGCUCGGACUAUGGACUUAGUCCGAGUGUGGAGCACGUAAUCUCCAUGGUUGAUCUACUUGGACGUGCUAAUCGGCUGGAGGAUGCGCUUGCGAUGGUGCAAAGCCUGCCCGUGGAAGAGGUGUGCUCCAGGAUAUGGAUGGCUUUGCUUGGGGCUUGUUUCAAGUGGAAAAAUGGGGUGAUUGGAGAGGUAGCCUUUGAUGCUCUAUCAAAGGUUGACGAUCAAGCUGGUACAGCUUAUGCUCUCAUGGCAAACAUAUACUCAUGCUCAAACAAUGAAAACCUUGAAGUGAUCGCUGGAUCUUUCUGAUGUCACUUCAAGACAUGAAGUGUGGAAAGAGUUGGAUCUGAUGCUCCACUGAUGCUAAUUCCCGAAGCAUGGGCUUGCUUCAAAUAGG